AACUCAACAUGAUGGGAUCUGCUGUUGUGCUUCAGUUGGUCCGAUCUAGAGUCUAGAACUAAAAGCAUCAUCACGUUGUGCACUGUAGCUCGUUCUUUGUUGGUUUUCCGUUCUCCCCUUGCAUCAUUACCAUGGACGCCGAAACUUUGGGUAAAAUGAGCUCGAGUCAAAAGGACGAACUCAUGCGGACGGUUCAAGCCCAGGUGGCCUUGGCCAAUAUGCAAGAGCUACUCUCGAAAGUGACGGACAAAUGCUUCAAGAAGUGUAUCUCGAGUCCAGGCACCUCUCUGGGAUCCUCAGAUCAGAAAUGUAUCGCUAUGUGCAUGGAUCGGUACAUGGACUCGUUCAACCUGGUCUCAAAAGCUUAUUCAGAAAGACUUCGACAAGAGAGUGGGCGAUUAUGAAUCCGUCCCUUUGCUCUUGUCGAAUGAGUGACGAGUGAACCGGCGAUUAUUCAUCCUGACCAUGUGGAGUCCCUUUUCUCACUCUUGUAGAGACACUCUUGUACGACACAAACAUCAUGAAACAGUUCUCAUCCUCCGGUUUAUUUUGCGUGGAAGAUGGAUUGUCGUACUCGCUCUGGUUUAAUUUCCUUCAGAUUGUCAGUCAAUAAAGAAUACAUUUUGGUAACCGAAA